GGCGGGGGGCCAUUUGGCCGGCGGUGAGCGGGGGCGGCCGGGUGGGGAGGUGCGCGGCUCGUUGGCUCUCUCCGGGCAGGGGGUGUCGGACAGGCUGCCAACAUGGGUGACCAAGCCCUCAGCUUCGUCAAGGACUUUUUGGCCGGUGGGAUCGCCGCCGCCAUCUCCAAGACGGCUGUCGCCCCUAUCGAGAGAGUGAAGUUGCUGCUGCAGGUCCAACAUGCCAGCAAACAGAUCACGGCAGAUAAGCAGUACAAGGGCAUCAUGGACUGCAUAGUCCGCAUCCCCAAGGAGCAAGGCGUGCUCUCCUUCUGGAGAGGCAACCUGGCCAACGUCAUCCGGUACUUCCCCACCCAGGCCCUCAACUUCGCCUUCAAGGACAAGUACAAGCAGAUCUUCCUUGGGGGAGUGGACAGGCACAAGCAGUUCUGGCGCUACUUCGCAGGGAACCUGGCGUCCGGCGGCGCCGCGGGAGCCACCUCCCUCUGCUUCGUCUACCCCCUGGAUUUCGCCAGGACCCGGCUGGCGGCUGAUGUGGGCAAAGGAGCCACUGAAAGGGAGUUCAGUGGGCUGGGCGACUGCAUCGUCAAGAUCUUUAAGUCCGAUGGCUUGAAGGGCCUGUACCAAGGAUUCAGUGUCUCUGUCCAGGGCAUCAUUAUCUACAGAGCAGCCUAUUUUGGGGUUUAUGACACGGCCAAGGGUAUGUUGCCUGAUCCAAAGAAUGUGCAUAUCGUAGUGAGCUGGAUGAUUGCCCAGAGUGUCACUGCAGUAGCAGGGCUGGUUUCUUACCCUUUUGAUACUGUGCGACGUAGGAUGAUGAUGCAGUCUGGCAGAAAGGGAGCUGAUAUUAUGUACACGGGCACAAUUGAUUGCUGGAAGAAGAUAGCUAAAGAUGAAGGAGGCAAAGCGUUCUUCAAAGGUGCCUGGUCGAAUGUGUUGAGAGGCAUGGGCGGAGCUUUUGUAUUAGUACUUUAUGAUGAAAUCAAGAAGUAUGUCUAAAACAACAUCAUAGUGUAGUUCAAUUGUUCUCCAUCAACUUUUUUUUUUUUUUUUAAAUAUGCUAUUGUGAUGUAAUGGACAACAACAAAAUAUUUCCUAGGGAAACAAAAGAGAAUUUUGAGUAAACACCUGGUUGGGAUGAGGAUGCAUUAAUUUUAAAAACUGUCCACUGUAUCACAGUUUUGUAUAAAAAUUUCUCCAAUGUUUGUAUUGGAACCUAUGUAUAUACUAUACUUCAAAUAUGAGGUAAUUUUGUCUAGAGACAAGACAUAGGUGGUCCAUACAUAGUUUAAAAUCUAAUUAUGUGAACUCAGUGAAGUUAUUCAGAGAUGCCUAUUGUACUGAUGUCUCUAGCUACCCAAGUGUGGUGGCAUAACAUAAAUUAAAAUAAUGUUUUCUUCUAAAGCUGUUUUUAUUACAUUAAGUGAUAUUAAGUGAAAUGAUUGUCUGAAAAUACAAACAAAAGCACCAGGCUGAGUUUCUAACUGCAGCCUUCUCACCAACGCAUUAUAAAAUCAAGUGGUUGAAACCACAGUCUGGUUUCUUCAAACAUCCUUUGCAGAUUGUGGACAUACCAAUUUCUUAAAAUCCCUGUAAUUAAAAAAAAAAAAAAGUUGUCUGCUCUGAUGUUCAAUUGAACUAAAACCGAAAUAAAUAAAUUAAUAUAUUAAUGAA